AUGAGCUUCAAUAAGAACAACCCCAACGCGAUGGGGAAAAUCAUGGGAUACUUGAAGCAGCUUUCCACUGAAAUGGCUGGAAACGAGCAGACAAGACGCGGACAAGGAGACGAAGAACGGUUGUAUAAGGCACGAGGCCCAAAAUACGCAAGGGUACCUUCGAAGCCCUCUCUCUCAGCUUCAACAACUUGUACCUCCCUCGCCACUUCAUGUGGUUCCCAAGGAACCCUUGCACCCAUCUACCCUACUAUACACGAGAACGUAUCAACCGAAAGUAGCAGCGAGGACGAACAGGAUUCCUUUGAGAAAACACGCCGCCAUUUCCAACAGUUGAGACAAAUCAGUUUGGGCAACGAGUUUAAAUACAAAAUGGAAAUGGAAAUAACGAGUGCUAAGGAGGAGAAUUUGCGGAAUUCUGUACCGUUUGUGAAACAGCUUAGUACAGACAGCAACAAAGUCAAGACUGACUACACGAUUAAUGGAGAUAGUCAACCUUAUGCGCCUACUACGCAGCGUAUUUAUUUGUGGACACAGAUACUGGCUGCGUUUGCUGUUUCUAUGGGAUCCCUCAUCGUCGGCUUUAGCUCUGGUUAUACAUCUCCAACAGGCAAACAAAUGUCAGCAGAUUUACAACUUACGCCUGAAGGAAGCAGUUGGGUUGGAGGUCUUCUUCCAUUGGCAGCACUUGUCGGGAGCAUUGGCGGUGGAUCACUAAUCGGCUACUUGGGUCGAAGAAGAGCAAUUUCUGCAACAGCCGUACCAUUUUUCAUCGGCUGGAUGCUUAUAGCAAAUGCAAGCAAUGUCGCCAUGGUUUAUGCUGGUCGAGCCUUGUGCGGUAUAUGCAUUGGAAUCGGUACAUUAGCUUUCCCAGUAUACCUUGGGGAAACACUGCAACCAGAAGUAAGGGGUGCUCUUGGAUUACUACCAACCGCCUUUGGUAAUACAGGAAUCCUGUUGGCGUAUGUCGUUGGGAAAUACCUUAAUUGGUCGAACUUAGCUUACCUCGGCGCUGCACUUCCAGUACCAUUCUUUUUACUGAUGCUUUUAACACCAGAGACCCCAUGCUGGUAUAUGACCAAGGGACGUAUGGAAGAUGCCAGAAAAUCCUUGCAAUGGUUGAGGGGAAAGAAUGUCGAUAUCGAGAAGGAAUUGAGAGACCUUACACGCAAUCAAGUUGAAUCUGAACACGUCCGGGGAAACAUUUUUGGACAGUUAUUCAGCAAGAAAUACUUGCCUGCUAUUGGCAUAUCGUUGGGCCUCAUGAUUUUCCAACAACUUAGUGGUAUAAACGCAAUUAUUUUCUACGCAGAAGAAAUAUUUUUGAUGGCGGGCAGCAGUAUCGAUAAAAAUUUAUCAAGUAUUAUCAUUGGAAUUGUAAACUUCAUUUCUACUUUCAUAGCUACGGUUCUGAUAGACCGCUUAGGAAGAAAAAUGUUGCUUUACAUCUCCUGCGUCUCCAUGAUUGUUACCAUGGUGACACUGGGUGCUUAUUGUUAUUUGAACGACUCUGGCGUUGAUGUCAAAAAUUUAGGAUGGCUACCCCUCGCAUGUCUGGUCAUAUACGUAUUGGGAUUCUCAGUUGGAUUCGGACCUGUCCCAUGGCUUAUGCUUGGAGAAAUCUUGCCAUCGAAAAUUCGUGGCGUGGCUGCAGCUAUGGCAACAACUACUAACUGGACUUGCGCAUUCAUUGUAACCAAAACAUUCAAAAAUGUCAGCAUCGCUUUGAAGAUGUAUGGUGCCAUGUGGCUGUUUACCAUAAUUUGUUUUAUCGGAUUAUUAUUCGUUAUAUUCUUCGUGCCUGAAACUCGAGGUAUAAGCUUAGAAGAAAUUGAGAAAAAAUUAACCGGUGGACCACGAAGAGUGCGGAAUAUUAAAAAUAAUGAGAAAACAAAUCAAAAUGGAUGCUAA